CAAACCGCAGACGCGUUUCGAGCAGCAUUCGCUCAAUGGCGAGGUAAACGGCGAAGAGGAGGAUGCAGCAGCCGAGGUCCGUUACACGAUAGACUGUAAAAUCCCCGUGACUUCCCAUCGAUUUAGUCCCGAAAGCGACGGAGAGACCUUCGUAAAUGCGGUCAUGACUCGCGCGGAGCGGAUAAACGGCGAUUAGAUGGCAGUGGGGUGUGAUAUAUGGGGACUGGAGCGAUGCAACGUAUGCAGACGGCGGCGGUAAACGGCGAUUGGCAGCGGUGACCAUGCUCGGACCCGAACCCAGCGCUCUGGACGGGACUGCUGCUGCUACUGGCGUUUAAAAACAGUCUCGAAGACGAAUUAAAGAGCCCAAGACUCGGAGGCGCGAACAUGGCAGGCAGAAGUCGGAGGUCGUGGUUUAGCGUACUGCUGGGUCUGGUGGUCGGGUUCACCCUGGCGUCCAGGCUCAUCUUGCCCCGGGCCAGCGAGCUGAAGAAAGCGGGACAGAAGCGGAGGGCGAGCGGCGGCGCGGGCGGCUGCGGAGGAGGAGCGAUGAUGAUGAUGAUGAUGAUGAAGAAGGAGCAGCACGGAGGGCUGCUGGUGCCCGCCACGGAGAAGCCGUCGGUGUCCCGCUCCGGCAGUUUCCUGUUCGUGGGCGUCAUGACCGCGCAGAAGUACCUGAACAACCGCGCCGUGGCCGCAUAUGGGACCUGGGCCAAAAGCGUUCCCGGCAAAGUGGAGUUUUUCUCCAGCGAGGGUUCCGACACGUCCAUCCCCAUCCCCGUCGUGGCGCUGCAGAACGUGGACGACUCGUACCCUCCGCAGAAGAAGUCCUUCAUGAUGCUCAAGUACAUGCACGACCACUACCUGGACCAGUUCGAGUGGUUCAUGCGGGCCGACGACGACGUCUACAUCAAGAGCGAGAAGCUGGAGAGCUUCCUGAGGAGUCUGAACAGCAGCGAGGCCAUCUUCCUAGGCCAGACGGGCAUGGGCGCGCGCGACGAACUGGGCAAGCUGGCGUUGGAGCCCGGGGAGAACUUCUGCAUGGGCGGCCCGGGUGUCAUCAUGAGCCGGGAGGUGCUGCGCCGGAUGGUGCCCCACAUCCGCCAGUGCCUGCAGGAGAUGUACACCACACACGAGGAUGUGGAGGUGGGCCGCUGCGUGCGGCGUUUCGCCGGCGUGCAGUGCGUCUGGUCCUACGAGAUGCAGCAACUGUUUUACGAGAACUACGAGCCAAACAAGAAAGGCUACAUCCGUGAUCUCCACAACAGUAAAAUACACAGGGCCAUAACUCUUCACCCCAACAAGAACCCACCGUACCAGUACCGACUGCACAGCUACAUGCUGAGCCGCAAGAUCGCCGAACUGCGGCACCGCACCAUCCAGCUCCACCGCGAGAUCGUGCAGAUGAGUCGCUACAGCAACAUGGAGGUGCACAAGGAAGACCUGGAGCUGGGAAUGCCUCCGUCUUUCAUGCGCUUCCAUCCCCAUCAACGAGACGAGGUCCUAGAAUGGGAGUUCCUCACGGGCAAGUACAUCUUCUCAUCAUCGGACGGACAGCCUCCCCGGCGCGGCAUCGACUCCUCGCAGAAGAUGGCGCUGGACGACAUCAUCAUGCAGGUUAUGGAGAUGAUCAACGCCAACGCCAAGACGCGAGGCAGAGUCAUCGACUUCAAAGAGAUCCAGUACGGCUACCGGAGGGUCAACCCCAUGUACGGGGCGGAGUACGUGCUCGAUCUGCUGCUGCUUUACAAAAAGCACAAAGGCAAGACCAUGACGGUGCCGGUCAGGAGACACGCCUACCUUCAGCAGACCUUCAGCAAGAUUCAGUUCCGGGAGGAGGAAGAGAUGGACGCCAGGGUGCUGGCCGCCAGGAUCAACCAGGACUCGGACUCGCUCUCCUUCCUGUCCAACUCUCUGAAGAUGCUCGUUCCGUUCAAGCUCAGCGGUCCCGGCGUAGAACCGCACGAACCCAAAGAGAAGAAGAUCAACAUUCUUGUACCGCUGGCGGGACGCUACGAGAUCUUCGUCCGCUUCAUGGCCAAUUUCGAGAAGAUCUGCCUCAUCCCCAACCAGAACGUCAAGCUUCUCAUUCUGCUCUUUAGCACGGACAACAACACGGAGCGCGUCAAGCAGAUCGAGCUCAUGAGGGAGUACCACAUGAAGUAUCCCAAAGCAGACAUGGAGAUCAAGCCGGUUUCCGGCCCCUUCUCUCGCGCCAUGGCCCUGGAGGUCGGCUCGGCCCACUUCACCAACGAUUCCUUGCUCUUCUACUGUGAUGUGGACUUACUGUUCACUCCCGACUUCUUGAGCAGGUGUCGGGGAAACACCGUGCUCGGGGAGCAGACGUACUUUCCCAUCAUCUUCAGCCAGUACGACCCCAAGGUUGUCUACGCGGGCAAGGUCCCCAGCGACAACCACUACGUGUUCACGUCCAAAACGGGCUUGUGGAGACACUACGGUUUUGGCAUCGUGUGCGUAUACAAAGGAGACCUGAUUCGAGCGGGCGGCUUUGACGUCUCCAUUCAAGGUUGGGGACUGGAGGACGUGGACCUUUUCAACAAGUUCGUCCAGUCCGGGAUUAAGCUGUUCCGGAGCACGGACACAGGUAUCGUUCACGUCCAUCACCCCGUCGUUUGCGACCCCAAUCUAGAUCCCAAACAGUACAAAAUGUGCCUGGGUUCCAAAGCGUCCUCACACGGCUCCACGCAGCAACUCGCUGAGCUGUGGUUGGAGAAGAACGACCAGGGAUUCCGUAGGAUCACGAACUCUAAUAACGGAUCCACGAGGACAGAAUAGACCCGGCGUGUACUCAUUUGUCUGUCUUCCUCUUUAUGGUGUUUUUUUAACUACCUUAUUUAUUUUUACAGAAAAGACUGUGGAUCUAUUUUGAAAAGACUCGUUUUGUAACGUAUACAGGAGCAAAGAGCAAAUCCAGAGUAUUCGGACUCGACCUUUUUUUAGCAAUGUUACAAAUUGCAAAAAAUUAAAGGAACACAGGAGUACGGCGUGACAGAUCUAUUUUACGAAUCCAAUACUGAGCAUUAUAUUUAUGACUGCUGUGUACCUCGCUGUCUGCGCACCAGUCAAUACAUCACAACGAGUUUGAGUUACCAUGUGGUGUCCGGCAAAACGGUAAAUGUUUUUCGUGAAUGUUUACAGAGAGCUAUGAACAAGUGAUUUCGAGUCGGGCAGGGUGAGCUACAAAAACAACAAUCUUAAUUGUGACAAUUAAGGGCCAUUGAUCAAAAAUUUGCUUUAUUUAGUUUGUUUUUCCAGUUGCAUUGUUUUUUAUUUGUUAAGAUGCGUAAUAACACUGUUUUGUUUUCAUUUUUUAUUGACUUCUGUGAACGAAACUGCUGGAUGUAGAUCUUUCCAACUCAUUCCCACUGUUUAAUUUAUUGAUGGUUCAGUCUCGUUUGAUAUCAGACUGAGGUUGUGUAUAUUAGAGAUUGAUAACCGUCUCAGUCAUGGAUGAUGUUUUUGUUGAACUCUUUCUGUCUCAAGUUCCUUUGAUUACCAAAGACUUUUUUGCACAGUUGCUCUAGGUUUGAGAAUGCUUGCGCGUGUGUGUGUGUGUGUGUGUGUGUGCGUGCGUGCGUGUAGUGAUGGAGCAGGAUUUUGUACUGUAGGAUAGCGGUACCUUUGAUCAGAUUUCUAUACUACACAGCUCUCUGAAAGUAUACCGACAACAAGCCACUUAACAAAAUGAAGAAACUCUUUUCUCGUGUAAUCUGAUGGACGAGUCCUUUGCUCCUGUUUUGUUCUUGAAUUGUUAUGUAAGGAUGCACACAGGCAGUUCUUUCGUGUUCGAGCUGAUCGAGCCGUUCAUCAGUCUGAUCAGAUUCUGAUAUAAAUGCAGAUCUCCCACACUUGUUUGUUUCUUUGGGUUUUUUGGGGGCGUCGUCAUUCUUCUGUUCUCUGUUAGCCUCCAUACAACUUGGAAAAAAGUUUUAUAUUUAAUAAAAUGAAAAACCUU